UGGCCCAAUGUCCUCUAUAAAUAAAGCGGGAGCGAAGGCGGGAGAAGCAGAUCGAUAACAGAAACGAAACGAGAUCGGCGAUCGCGAGAUGCCUCCUCCACAAUCGAUCGGCGGGUCGAAUGGCGAUUCCCGGCCAUGGGAUCCGCCCUUCAACCCGACGCAGCCCUCCAUCCCCAUCUCCUACCCCAUCACAACCCUGGAAGCCCUCGCCUCCGACUCCUACCACAACUCUUUCCACUACCCCUUCAACCGCUCCUCUGUCCCCCUCCCUCCCUCCGCCGCCGCGCUGCCCCCUCGCCGCCGGAUCCUCGUCUGCCACGACAUGAUGGGCGGGUACCUCGACGACGCAUUGGUGCAGGGCGGAGACAACUCCGACGCCUACGCCAUCUGGCACUGGUACCUGAUGGACGUCUUCGUCUACUUCUCCCACUACCUGGUCACGCUGCCGCCGCCGUGCUGGACCAACGCCGCCCACACCCAUGGCGUCAGGGUCUUAGGAACUUUCAUUACAGAAGGGGAGGACGGUAGCAAGAUCUGUGACACCUUGCUUUCCACAAAGGAAUCCGCUAGAAUGUACGCGGAACGGCUGACAGAACUCGCUACUCAUUUGGGAUUUGAUGGUUGGCUGGUCAAUAUGGAAGUCACACUGGACAGGACGCAAAUUGAUAACCUGAAGGAGUUUGUCGAUCAUCUAUCUCGUACUAUGCAUUUUCAGAUUCCCGGAUCUUUGGUCAUAUGGUAUGAUGCUGUAACUAUAGAUGGUUCGGGAGGCUCUCAAAAUAAACUGAAUCAGAAAAACAAACCCUUCUUUGAUUUGUGCGAUGGUAUUUUAGUCAACUAUUUGUGGGAGGAACCGGAUGUUGAAGAUUCAGCUAGCGUUGCGGGUGAGAGAAAGUUCGACGUCUACAUGGGCAUUGAUGUUUUUGGCAGGGGUACCUUUGGUGGCGGACAGUGGAAUACAAAUGCAGCCCUCGACGUACUGAAGACGCAUGAUAUUUCGGCUACCAUAUUCGCUCCAGGAUGGGUAUAUGAAACUAAUCAAGGACCUGACUUCGAAACUGCACAAAACCGCUGGUGGGGCCUUGUGGAGCAAUCAUGGGGAAUUCUUCGGAACUACCCUAAAGUGUUACCCUUCUACUCGAACUUUGAUCAGGGUCGCGGCCUUCAAUUUUCAAUUGAAGGAUUACAGGUAGCAAAUAACCACUGGAAUAACAUAUCUUCUCAAGGCUUCCAGCCACUUCUUAGUGUUGGCUCUGCUGUGGAAGCUUACAUCGAUUUUGAGGACGCUUCUUACUUUGGAGGAGGAAGUCUCACUGUUAAAGGAAGUGUCGAGGAUGCCUCUGUUUUCUCUAUAAAGAUCUUCAGUGGACAACUGCUGCUGGACGAUAAAGCAGUGCAGGUUAAAUGUUUUGUAAGAUUAGAUGAUAAUUCUCUCUUUGGAGAAAUCCUGGUUUUGGUGUCUGAAACCAACAAAAAGUCAUACAUCCUUAUCGAAGAUGAUUCUCAACCACCGUUAACUGUUGCAAGCUUUGAGUUUGAUAAGAUCAUUAAACUACCACAAAUUAGUAAGAAGGCAGACGUGCUGGCCGACUCAACCUGGACUCCGUUUGCCGGCACCUUCACCAUGACUGGCUACACGCUGACUGACAUCUAUAUCGUGGGUGCCUUGAAAGAUGCAGCCGUGGAGAUGGAACAAAGUCCAACCCGAAAAAGUGACUCACCUUCUUCCUACCAUGCAUCAUUAGGUCAGAUCAGAAUUUUCAACACGCCAAUGAGUUAUCCACUCGCGGACGCAUGGCACAUCGAUCCCUCGUAUACUUCAUGGACCACAGAUCUCGAUGGAAACAGAAUUCUCAGCCUAAAGAUCACUUGGAAGCUCAACGAAGGCGACAUGACGUCGUUCACGAGAUACAACAUUCACGUGGAGAAAUUAUUGACUCAUGGAGGCAACAACGAGGCACGCCCCAGCUUCCUUGGGUUUGCUAGAGUUGAACUCUGGUACGUAUUGCAUCUUGCUAUUCCCAGUGGAGUUGGUCUCGUCAGGUUCAUCGUUCAGCCGUGCGGUGUGGAUGGAAGCUGCCAAGAACUGGACAAAUCUCCGACUCUUGAACUGCGGCCGCCGCAUUCUGAAGGUUGAUUUGCAUGAUGUCGUAGCUGCAAUAAAAAUCUCGAGAACUCCUACUGCUGUGUCAGGGUGCUGCAGGUGUUGUAGCAAUAAUAAUAAUAAUAAUAAUCUCGAGAACGGCUACUGUGUCCCAGGGUGCCGCAGGUGUUGUAACAGUCAUAAUAAUCUCGAGAACUCCUACUAUUACCGUGUCAGGGUGCUGCAGGUGUUGUAGCAAUAAUAAUAAUAAUCUCGAGAGCUACUAUUGUAUCAGUGUGCUGUUGUUGUGACGAUAAUAAAGUCGAUGGUGAUGCAGAUUGGUGUAGCUUUCGC